CACGCUCCAGGCGGUGAUAGCAGACUGACGGAGAGCUUGAAAUAGCCCGGGUGGGCGCGGACGGAGCGGGACCCUUGCCGCUGGCUGCAGAGAUCCAGGUCUCCGGGAGCGGACGGGGAAUCGAGGUCGCUGGGAGAGUAGGAAUAAUGCUGCCAACAUGUCCGUGCACUCUAUGCUUUGUGAGCGAAUUGCUGUCGCCAAGGAGUUAAUCAAGAGAGCUGAAGCCCUUUCCAGAUCCAGAAAAGGGGGAGUCGAAGGGGGGGCCAAGCUAUGCAGCAAGCUGAAGGCCGAGCUGAAGUUCCUGCACAGGGUGGAGGCGGGGAAGGUGGCCAUCAAGGAGUCCCACCUCCAGAGCACCAACCUCACCCACCUGCGCGCCAUCGUCGAGUCCGCCGAGAACCUGGAAGAGGUGGUUAGCGUCCUCCACGUCUUUGGCUACGUGGACAGCCUGGGAGAAAAGCAGACGCUGGUGGUGGACGUCGUGGCCAACGGGGGCCACACGUGGGUCAAGGCCAUCGGCCGGAAAGCCGAGGCCCUGCACAACAUCUGGCUGGGCCGGGGCCAGUACGGGGACAAGAGCAUCAUCGAGCAGGCGGAGGACUUCCUGCAGGCGAGCUCCCAGCAGCCCGUGCAGUACAGCAACCCCCACAUCGUCUUUGCCUUCUACAACAGCGUCUCCAGCCCCAUGGCGGAAAAGCUGAAGGAAAUGGGCAUCUCGGUGCGCGGGGACAUCGUGGCCGUGAACGCCCCCCUGGAGCGGCCCGAGCGGCUCCCGGAGCUCAGCGACAGCGAGUCCGACGAGGAGGUCCCGGGACUCCUGCAGGUGACCCGCGUCGACAGGGAGAACAUUGUGGCCAGCGUGGCUUUCCCCACAGAAGUCAAGGUCGACGUGUGCAGCCGGGUGAACUUGGACAUCACCACGCUGAUCACCUAUGUCUCCGCCCUGAGUUACGGCGGCUGCCACUUCGUCUUCCGGGAGAAGGUGCUGACCGAGCAGGCCGUCCAGGAGCGGAAGGAGCGCGUCCUGCCCCAGCUGGAGGCCUUUAUGGCCAACAAGGAGCUGUUCGCCUGCGAGUCGGCCGUCAAGGACUUCCAGUCUAUCCUGGACACUUUGGGAGGGCCCGGCGAGAGGGAGCGGGCUGCCCGGCUCAUCCAGCGGAUCAGCGUGGUGCCGGACCAGCCCUCCGAGCGUGCCUUAAGACUGGUGGCGAGCUCCAAAAUCAACAGCCGCUCGCUCACCAUUUUUGGAACGGGAGACACUUUAAAAGCCAUCACGAUGACGGCCAACAGCGGCUUUGUGCGGGCCGCCACCAACCAGGGCGUGAAGUUCAGCGUGUUCAUCCACCAGCCCCGGGCCCUCACCGAGAGCAAAGAAGCCCUUGCCACCCCCUUACCAAAGAGCUGCCCUGGCAGCAGUGAACUCUGACGGGCGUCCUCGAGAGGGCCGGGCCUCUCGCCCCCAGUGGGCGCAGGCUGCAGGCCGGUCCUGGCGGGCACUUGUGCCGGGCGCCACGCGGCCUUCAGACGCCCAGAGCAGGAGAGACGGGGCGGCGACGGCCGAGGCAUCGGGCUCCGGGCCUCCUGAGGCCGUGCGUUCCCCGGCGAGGGGCUGCGUUCUCGUGGAGAGAAUAGUCUUUCAGGGCAGUCUGUCUCCAUAACAUCCUGCAUUAAACGCCCAGUUAAAGACUCCCGCA